UUGAAAGUAUUCUGGAGGAACGAUUUGAUUCGAGCGCACAAGAUGGGUCUUCAGGAAUUUCAAGCGGUGGUUUUAGCGGCCGGGAAAGGUACCAGAUUGCCGGACAUACUAGAAGGUCGUCCAAAGUGUUUACUACCGAUUGGACCGUACCCGAUGAUCUGGUACCCCUUGAACCUUUUGCAACGGCAUGGCUUCAGUGAGGUUCUAGUGAUAGUGCAGGAGACCGAGAAGCCAGAAGUGCAAAAGCGAUUAGACCGGCUGCAGUUGAAGCUAAAGCUUGAUUAUUACACAGUCCCAGUGGAUUCGGAGUGCGGUACGGCCGAUUCCUUGCGGCUCGUGUCAGACAAGAUCAAGACGGAUCUGGUUGUGUUGUCUUGCGAUUCGAUAGUAGAACUGAAGCUGUAUCCAGUGCUGUCGAAUUUCCGCGAACAAGAUGCUUCGCUGCAGAUGUUGCUUAUGGAGGGAGGUAAAGACCAGGACGUAGUCGUCCCGGGACCGAAAUCUAAGUACAAAGCAGAGAAGGAUCUGAUUGGUUACGAUCGGGCCACAAGCAAGCUUCUGUUCAUGGCUUCGGCCAGCGAUUUCGAGGAGACGGUAAAACUGUCUGGCCAUUUGUUGCGGACCAAUCCGGAGCUAACCAUCUCGUCCAACUUGCUCGACGCUCACGUGUACAUUAUGAAAAAGUGGGUGGUAGAAUAUCUUGCCGUAAGCGACGCCAUAUCCUCGGUGAAAGGGGAACUGUUGCCCCAUAUCAUCAAGAAGCAGAUGCUGCAGCCACAAACUAUUCCGGAAAAUGAUGGAGUCUCGGAAAUGAAUGUAAAUCUGAAAAUUGACAACAUUUUUCGGUUCGCAUUGGUGACCGAAAUGGAUGAAAAGAUCGAUAAAGCGAGCAUCUUCAAUAAGGACAAGAAACCGGUGAUCCACCCAAUCCGUUGUUAUGUUCAUUUGGCCGAUCCCGGCGCAUACGGGUUGCGAAUCAAUAAUGUUCGAUCGUUUCUGUCCUGCAACAUGAAGAUUUUCGAUCAUUUUCCCGCGCUCACUGGUUUAACAGAACUCGAGCUGAUUUCCUCUACUGCCGACAAUAAAUCUACGCAAAUCAACAAGUGUGUAGUGGGUGAUUCGACAGUGAUUAGCGAGAAAACAUCACUGAAUACUAACGUCAUCGCAAACGGCUGCACGGUGCAAACAAAAACACGCAUCAGCAACAGUGUCCUCAUGGACGGUGUCACCGUGGAAGAGAAUGUCGUGAUUGAUAAUUGCAUCAUCGGCGAAAAGGCGCUCAUUAAAAGUGGAUCCGUGCUAAAGAACUGUCUCGUCGGGCCACAGUUCGUAGUGGCCGCCAACUCCAAAAAGGAAAAUGUUUAUUUGUCCAAUGCUGAUGGUUUCAUGACGAUCGAUUAAACCCGUUUGGGUCUCUCCAAAAAUAAAAUGA